AUGGCAUGCGCGUCGACAAUCCGUGGGUCCUGGCGUUACAGGGGAGUCUAUUCCCCUGUGCAGGCCAGAUAUGACUGCAUCAAAGUUAUCAGCGACGCUGACGAAAGCUCAUACUGGGGCGAGAACGCUGAUAUCUUCGGUAUUUGCUGGGUGAUUUAUUGGAUGGCGGAUGAAAUUGGGCAACCGACACCUGACGACGCCAUUCACAAGGGUUACAAACACAACCUACUUGCAGCUGAGGAAAUAAAAAAUGCAGUGCUUGAUGUUCCAAGAACACGGUUCUGCCAACAGCGAGUAUGGAGUCUAAUCACAGCUACUAGCCGUGGUAUUGCGAAUCUUCCAUGGCUUACCGAAGCGUUGCUAAACAUGACGGACCGUCUCGACGGCGCCCACGUGGAAUGUACAGCUCAGACUUGUCUGCUUGGUGACGAGAAUUCGACUGCGAAGCCACAACUCCACUACCCGCGUCCUCAAGAGCCACCUGCGGAAUGUCCUUGUCCGCCAUUGCAUUGCGACAUGCGCGGGAGGCAUAGUCGAUACCUUGUGCAGGUCGAUCGCACCCGGCGUCCCAAUCCAGCGGAGCCGGACACCAUCAAUCUUGCCACGGUGGAUUGGGUCGAGGACUUGCUGGAACCCCUCACGCGAGAUACUCCAUACAUGGCUAUUUCCCAUGUGUGGCUCGACGGGACAGGUCGAGGAGAUCACCCUCCAGGAUCUGUCAACACAUGUCUGUUCAGUUUCUUCAAUGCAUGGGCCAUCAAUCAGGGAUGCGAGGCCAUCUGGUGGGACGUCCUUUGCAUUCCCGUGGGAGAAGCCAGGAAAGAAGCCCUGAGCUGGAUGCACAAGAACUUCUUCGAUGCAAAAGUGAUUCUUGUUCACGAUCGAGAGCUGACACGUCUACCUUGGACAGAUGACGAACAGCCUUGCCUUGCUCUGGCCUUGUCAACGUGGUUUAGUCGUGGAUGGACUGCACUGGAGCUUGCCGCGGCGAAAUCUGAAGACGCGGUUAAGGUCGUCUUUAGGCAUCCCAGCGACCGGAACAAACAGGUCGUCAAAAGCCUCCGCCAGAUCCUAGCUGGAACAUCCGGUGCGAAACCGGUCCAUAAGGCUGUGUCCGACGUCAUCAGGCGUAUAAUACAUUUUCGCGAAAGGUAUAAGGACAAAAGAUUUGACGCUGUCUCCGAAAUUUUGGCAAUCUUAGAGCCGAGGUAUACAUGUUGGCUCAAAGACCGUCAUUAUAUUGCGGCGCUUCUUGCAGAUAUCCGUACCAUCGAGGAAACGGCGCAGCACUCUGAACUUGAUCCAGGCGGGAACCAGAAGAACUUCACUCAGUUUAUCGUCCGGGAGAUAGGCAGAGUGUGGCCAUCGUCGUUGUUGCACGGCAAUGUCACCAUGGCCGAUUCUGGCGGCUGGUCCUGGUGUCCCAUGUCGAUAUUCGACCUGGCCAGAGGAAUAGCGGGGGAAGAGCCGCUUCGUCUUGAUCGGGAGCGCGGCACUGUGAGAGGCACUUGGGAGACCUGGGCAGUCACAGAGAGUAUGGUCGUGACCGCAGCCGACGCUCACAUCUCUGUACAUGUCCGUGUUGUUGAAGCUUUACAGUCUCCCCGAGAUUUACUCAUUUUAUCCGCCUCUCGCGGAAGCAAGAAAACGAACAGUAAGAUCACGAAAGACGUCCGCUUUCUUCUGGUCAAGACAUUCGAGCCGACGCAGAACAGGAGAUCCUCGAGACGAGAUACGACUGGAUCCUGGCUUGACUGUCAAUACAUUGGCACUGUGAAGCUGGGAGUGGCGUGCAUAAGCUAUGGCCGUGAUCGAGGAAUAUUGUUGAAUUAG